GCACUCAGGCUCAUGCUCAGGAAGAAAGCCCAGGGGCCAUCUGUUCUUGUCUUUGGACAGGUCUUUCUCAGACUGGAAGUGGCUGUGAAGAGCAGGAAGGAUGGGCCAGCGUUUCUCUCCCAGCUCCACACAGCUGGUAGUGCUGCUGACUUCUGUCACCAUAGCUGCAGCCACUGCUGCCUUGGAAGUAGGAAGCUGCGCUGAGUGUCACGGCAACGCCACCUGCCUGGAGGACGGCACUGUCACCAGGUGCACCUGCAGGGAGGGCUUCUCCGGCGAUGGGCUGACCUGCGUGGACCUGGACGAGUGCGCCCUCCAAGGGGCGCACAACUGCUCCUCCGACAGCAACUGCAUCAACACGCCCGGCUCCUACACCUGUACAUGCCUGGACGGCUUCCGCCUGACGCCCGGCCUUGGUUGCACCGAUGUGGAUGAGUGCGCGGAACCUGGGCUGAGCGACUGUCACCCCCUGGCCACCUGCGUCAACCUCGAGGGCAACUACUCGUGCGAGUGCCCCGAGGGCUACCUGGGCGACGGGCGGCACUGCGCAUGCGCGCCUGGCUCCUGUGGGCGGGGCCUGGACUGUGUGCCCGACGGCUACUAUGGCGGCGCGCAGGGGGCGCGGGUGUGCGCGGACCCGUGCCAGGAGCACAGCGUCCUGGACGAGUACUGGCGCAGCACCGAGUACUGGCCGGGCUUCUCCUGCGACACCAACCUGAGCGGCUGGUACCGCUUCGUGGGGCAGGGGGGCGUGCGCCUGGCACAGAGCUGCGUCCCCGUCCUGCGCUGCAACACGGCGGCGCCCAUGUGGCUCAAUGGCUCGCACCCGUCCAGCGUGGACGGCAUCGUCAGCCGCACGGCCUGCGCACACUGGAGCGGCCACUGCUGCCUGUGGGACGUGCCCGUGCAGGUGAAGGCCUGCCCCGGUGGCUACUACGUCUACAACCUCACGGCGCCCCCCGAGUGCCACCUGGCCUACUGCACCGACCCCAGCUCCGUGGAGGGGACGUGCGACGAGUGCAGCGUGGACGAGGAGUGCCGGUCCAUUAAUGGGAUGUGGCAUUGUCGGUGCAAGCAGGACUUGAACAUCUCUGAUAUCUCACUGCUGGAGCGCAGGCUGAAGUGUGGGGUGGACAACAUCAAGGUGUCCCUGAGCAAGUGCCAGCUGAAGAGCCUGGGCUUUGAGAAGGUCUUCAUGUACCUGCGUGACAGCCGCUGCUCAGGCUUCCCCGAGCGGGGUGACAGGGACUGGAUGUCUGUGGUGACCCCAGCCAGGCAUGGCCCCUGUGGGACAGUGAUGACGAGGAACGAAACCCACGCCACGUACAGCAAUACUCUCUACCUGGCAGAUGAGAUCAUCGUCCGCGAUCGCAACAUCAAGAUCAAUUUUGCCUGCUCCUUCCCCCUGGACAUGAAAGUCAGCCUGCAGACCUCCCUGCAGCCAAUGGUCAGCGCCUUGAACAUCAGCGUGGGGGGGACUGGCAUGUUCACCGUGCGCAUGGCGCUCUUCCAGAGCCCCGCCUACCUGGAGCCCUUCCAGGGCCCCUCUGUCGCCCUGUCCACAGAAGCCUUUCUCUACGUGGGCACCAUGCUGGACGGAGGCGACCUGUCCCGCUUUGUGCUGCUAAUGACCAAUUGCUACGCCACGCCCACCGACAACGCCACAGACAUCUUGAAGUACUUCAUCAUUCAGGACGGGUGUCCCCGCGUGGAGGACUCGACCAUCCAGGUGGUGGAGAACGGGGAGUCUCCCCAGGGCCGAUUUUCUGUCCAGAUGUUCCGUUUCGCCGGGAACUAUGACCUGGUCUACCUGCAUUGUGAAGUGUACCUCUGCGACACGGUGACCGAGAGGUGCAAGCCUACCUGCUCCAGGACCAGGCUUCACAGUGGAGGUGCCAUAGACCAGACGCGUGUGCUGAACUUGGGCCCCAUCAAACGGCAAAGCGUCCAGGCCCCAGCCUCCAGGGCUGCUUCCAGCUACGUGGGGUAUCUGAAGGCCUGGCUGCUGCUGCUUCUGCCCAUGACCUUCACCCUGGUGGCUCAGUGAUGGCAACCCUGAACUCUGUGCCCACCUGCUCCCUCUGUGCGACUGGGAAGGUGACAGUCUGAGCACCAGGCACAGAAAAGGGGGCACACACUUCAGCCAGCCUGCUUCUGUCUCCCACACUUGAGCCUUUGCUUCCAUAAAAACAGGCCCUGCCUUUAAAUACUGCCUUCUGUCAACAUGCAGCUUGUGAUAUGUCUACACAUGAGUCCCCCGUUGAGUGUGGCAAAAUGUGGCAGGAAAAUAGCUCAACGUAUAUGCCCGGGGCACCUGAUUCACUGCCUAGUACUGCAUGGACCAGGGGGUUCUUGGUUUUUUUCUCUCUGUCUCCUGUGGAUCUCUUGUAGCAAAUUAAAGAAAAAAUCUUUUAAAAAGAAUGUUGCAAAAUAGCAAUUUGAAAAGCUCA